AUGAAAAAGAAAAGCCACCAAAAGGGCCUGUAUGACAGUCGCUACGAAAAAGAUGCUUGUGGUGUAGGAGUGGUUGCAGAUAUAAAUGGAAAAAGCUCGAGGAAUGUAAUUCAAAAAGCAAUGCAAAUAUUGCUUCGGUUAAGUCAUAGAGGAGGUGUACAAUCAAAUAAUGGAGAUGGUGCAGGUAUUUUGGUUGGAAUACCACAUGACUACUUUCAAAUGUUAAGUGAUACAUGUCAGUUGCCUUUUUUGUUACCAGAAAAAGGGGAAUAUGCAGUUGCUCAGAUAUUCUUACCACAAAAUGAAGAAAGAAGACUUUUUUUAUAUCAUGAAAUAGAGAAAGAAGUGUACAAUCAUGGACUAGUAGUCUUAGGAUGGAGAUCACCAAUUCCUGUUCGAAGUGAUGUCAUUAGUGCUACUGUAAAAAAAAGUGAACCAUUUAUUGCUCAAAUGUUUGUAUGCAAAAGAUCAGUAUUUAAAAAUUAUGAUGAUUUUAAUAUAUAUCCAUUUUCAGAUAUAAAUUUUACAGAUGAUAGUAAUUUAAAUUUAAAUGAUUUACCAGAUGAUAUAGAAUUACUUGCAUUUUUUAUAAGAAAAAAAUUAGUCAGACAUAAUGAUAUGUAUUUUUGUAGCUUUUCUUCAAGAACAAUAGUUUAUAAGGGGUUACUAACCCCUUCACAAAUAUAUCUAUAUUUUGAAGAUUUGUUGAGUGAACAAUUUACUACAUAUUUAGCUAUGGUUCAUGUAAGAUUUUCAACGAACACCUCUCCUACAUGGUAUGCAGCUCAUCCUUUUAGAAGGAUUUGUCACAAUGGUGAAAUCAAUACUAUUAGUGUAAAUUCUUUAUUAUUUCAAGAACGCAUGCAGCUAGCUAAAGCUCCUAGCUUUUUUAAAUCUGUUUCCAUAAAAGACUUACGGCCAAUUAAUGAAGAAAACUACAUUAUUUAUGAUAACGAUGAUGAGAUAAUUCAGAAAAGAGAUACUUUUGAAGAUAUUAUGUUAACACGAAAUAGAAUAAAAAAGAAAUCAAGAAGGAAUUUGCUUUUAAAACUGAAGAGGGAUUAUACAUAUAACAGCACUGCUUUACAUUAUAAAAUAAAAAGGGAAUACAUGAAUUCUGACAUUAAUAGUAACUCAGAGUUUUUGAGUAAUGUAAAUGAAGCGUCUAAGAGUUCAUCGGACGACUUGAUGGAUCUUAGUGAGGAGAGCAUAAAGCACACUUUGAAGGGGAAUCAUUGUAACAGGAACAUUGGCGGAAAUAGCGGAAAUGAUGGUAGUGGAGGUAAUAGCGGUAAUGGAGGAAACAGUGCUAACAGCAACAGUAAUAACAAUUGUGGAAACAAUUGCGGCAACGAAUGCAACAAUGGCAGUGGUAAACACUUUGGGAAAUGCGUAAAGAGACGGGUAAAACAUGGUGAAUCUAAAAAGACGAAAGGCGAAAUUAGCUUUCCCUCGGAUUCCUCCCUUUUCGACAAUGCUAUAGAUUUUCUGACCAUGACAGGGAGAGAAAUAGAGCAAGCAAUUAUGAUGUUAAUGCCCAGGGCAUAUCAAAAAGAUCCAAAUAUAAGUCCGUUGGAAAGAGCUUUUUAUGAAUAUCAUACAUGUUUAAUGGAACCAUGGGAUGGACCUGCUUUGGUUAUAUUUACUGAUGGAAACAAAGUAGGAGCAUCAUUAGAUAGAAAUGGAUUAAGACCAGCAAGAUAUAGUAUUACAAAUUAUGGAUUAUUUGUUUUAUCUAGUGAAACAGGUGUUGUUGAUUUAUCUUAUGAUAAAGUUACUCAUAAAGGUUGUGUUUAUCCUGGAAAAGUAGUAUUGGUAGAUUUUAAAGAAAAGAAAUUUUUAAGACAUGAAGAAGUGUUAAGUAAAUUUUUAAAACUAAAACCAUAUAAAAAAUGGUUAGAUCAUUAUUCUAUACAUUUAGAUAAUAUUAUUAAACCCGUUUCUAAUAUGGAAAAUAUACGUAUGAAUGCAUAUAAAUAUGGUACUAUACUAAGUAAAGAGGAUUAUUAUAGUAGUGCUGAAACAAAUUUAGAUUAUCAUGAUGAAUUAUUAAUUAAAAAGUUAAAAGCUUUUGGGUAUACAUAUGAUGCUUUUAAUAUUAUAAUAUCACCUAUGGUAAAACAUGCAGCAGAUGGGUUAGGAGCUAUGGGUAAUGAUACAGCAUUCCCAUUUUUAAGUUAUUUACAUAGAAAUUUAUUAUACUAUUUUCAACAAACUUUUGCUCAAGUAACCAAUCCAGCCAUUGAUCCAAUCAGAGAAGAAAAUAUUAUGUCCCUCAUGAGUAAUUUAGGGAAAGAAGGGGAUUUAUUACAUUGUUCCUAUACAAACUGUCAACGAAUAUUUAUAAAUGGACCUAUAUUAAAUGAAGCUCUUUAUAAUAUGUUACUUCAGUUACCUGAUUUUCCUCAUAUUAUAGUAGAUAUGACCGUAGAUAUAUCCAAAUUAGAAUCCAUGAUGUCUGGCGAAUAUUCUGGUGAUUAUAAAUUUGAUAUAAUAAAAAGUACAUCAUCACCCAAGAGAAGUUAUCAAACUGAUUACUUCAACAAAUCAGAUGAAAACAAAAUGAAACAGGGGAAGGAAGAAAGUAAUAAGAAAAAAAUAUCGUCCAAAUAUUUAAUUAAAUUUAUUGAUAAUGUUAAUACAAAAGUGGAAAAUGCAGUUAGACGUGGAAAUCAACUAAUUAUAUUAUCACAUAGUAAUAUUAGUGAAAGUAGAGUACCUAUAUUUUCUAUAAUAAUUGUAGGUGCAUUACAUAAAUAUUUAUUAAGCAAAAAUUUAAGAACGAAAUGUUCUAUUAUUGUUAAAGCAGGAGAUUGUUUUGAAAUUCAUCACUUAGCUGUUCUCCUCUCCUUUGGUGCUGAUUGUAUAUAUCCAUUUAUACUAUAUGAAAGUCUGCAAAUCAUAAAAUAUGGAGAUAAUGAAGCAAGAUUAAGUAAUCAUCAAAUGAUAAGUAACUACAGACAUGCAGCAAAUUAUGGAAUUUUGAAAAUUAUGUCGAAAAAUGGAAUAUCUACUUUACCAAGUUAUAAGGGUUGUGGUUUAAUGCAACCUCUAGGUAUAUCAGAUGAAAUAUUAAAAAAAUGUUUUAUUAAUGUAUGUGAUUCUAUUAUUGGUGGUGUAACAUUCGAAUUUGUGGAGAAAGAAAUUUUAAAAAUAUUCCAUAAUGCUUUUCCAAAAAGAAUAUUAACAUUAAAUGUAAAAGACGCAACUGAAGAAUUAGAUGAUUAUGGAGAAUAUCACUUUAGAAAUAUAGGUAAUACACAAAUACAUAUGAAUCAUCCAGAAACUAUUAGUUUAUUGCAAAAAGCAACAAGAACAGGAAAUAAAGAUAUAUAUAAAAAAUAUUCUGAAUUACAAAAUGAAUUAAUAAAUCAUUGUGAAAUUAGAGGUCAAUUAGAAAUAAAUUAUAAAAAAUGUCCAUCCUAUAAUAAAAAAAAGAAAAAAAAUGAACCCAUAAAUAUACAUCUAGUAGAAUCAGUGAAUAAAAUUUUAUUACGAUUUUGUACUGGUGCUAUGUCCUUUGGUUCAUUAUCUGAGGAAGCGCACACUACUGUUGCUACUGCUAUGAAUACUAUGGGGUUAAAAUCAAAUACAGGAGAAGGAGGAGAAGCAGAAGACAGAAUAAAACAACAACCAAUUACUAGUGAAACGAAUUGUAGUUCUGCUGUUAAACAAAUCGCCUCAGCAAGAUUUGGCGUAACUGCAUACAGUCUAGUUAAUGCACAAGAAUUACAAAUAAAAGUUGCUCAAGGAUCAAAACCAGGAGAAGGAGGAGAAUUACCAGGGUAUAAAGUUAGUGCUAGAAUAGCUUCAGUACGCAGAAGUACACCAGGGGUUGGUUUAAUAUCUCCUCCUCCUCAUCAUGAUAUGUAUUCAAUUGAAGAUGUUGGGCAAUUAGUUUAUGAUUUAAAAAAUAUAAAUAAAGAAGCAAAGAUAUCAGUUAAGCUAGUGUCUAAACUAGGAAUUGGUGUUAUCACUUCUGGUGUUGUUAAAGGUAAUUGUGAACAAAUAUUAAUAAGUGGUAUGUCAGGUGGUACGGGUGCAUCUAAAUGGACUUCUAUUAAGCAUGCAGGUUUACCAUGGGAAAUUGGAUUAGCAGAAGCACAUCAAACUUUAUGUAAAUCUAAACUAAGAAAAAGAGCUAUACUACAAAUUGAUGGGCAAUUAAAAACAGGAAGAGAUGUUAUUUUAGGAGCUCUGUUAGGUGCAGAAUCAUUUAGUUUUUCUACACAACCAUUAAUAUCUUUAGGAUGUAUUAUGAUGAGAAAAUGCCAUUUAAAUAUUUGCCCUGUUGGUAUAUGUACACAGGAUCCUGAAUUAAGAAAAAAGUUUGCAGGCAAACCAGAAUAUAUUAUUAAUUUUUUUUUUAUGUUAGCAGAAGAAGUCAGAGAAUAUUUGGCUAGUAUGGGGUUUAGGAAAUUUUCCCAAAUUAUUGGCAGAUCUGAUUUAUUAAAAAAAAAGGAUCAUUUAAAAUAUGACGAGAAAAGAAGGCUUCUAGAUUUUUCUAAGCUGCUUUUCCCAGGAUGGAAAUAUUAUGCAGAGGAUGAAAUUAAGGAUGAUAAUAGUAAUAAUAAUAAUAAGAAGAAGAAGAAGAAGAGAUAUACCAAAAAUGGAAGUGAUAAGAAGCGAACGAAUGUAAAUACGUAUUAUGUAAAUUCAAAGUACAAGGGAAACAACAAUACAAGUCUGACUAGGCUAGCAAAAAUGAGGGGAAAAAGCGUUUUAAUAAAUGAAACAUUUAACACUGUUAAAAAAUAUGAUUCAUCGAAAACGACCGAUGGUGGAUGUUGCGUCAAUGGUGCUGAUAAAAACGUAAACGCAUUUUAUGUUGACAGUUGUGAGUGCGAAGAUGCGGAAUACGCAGGGGAUGAAGAAGAGGAAGAAGAGGAGGACGAAGAACAAGAGGAAGAGGAGGAUGAGGGGGAAGAGGAAGAGGAAGAGGAGGAUGAGGAUGAGGGGGAAGAGGAGGAGGACGAAGAGGACGAAGAAAACAUCGGGGAUGAAGGGAAGACGGAAGAAGUACGCAGCUCGAACAAUGAAGAGCCAGGAAAAAAUGAAAGAGCGAAGAAAAGAUAUAAGGAUCACACCGAAGAGAACAAGGUCAUCCAAGAAAGUAAACCAAAUGAAAAGGUAAAAUAUUACGUAACUGUUAAUGGUAAGAAUAUGAAAAAUGUCCAGGUACCAAAUAAGAAGUUGAGAAAAAUAUUAGUUGAAAAAAAAAGUCAUGGGAAAAAAAAAAAAAAACUUAAACCUAUUCCAAUUUUUUGUUGUGAAGCACAAAAUCAUAAGCUGUCUGAUGUUAUUGAUAGAGAAUUAAUAAGAAGGUCUAAAAUAUCUCUACUAAACUGCACACCAGUAAGUAUAAAGAUGCCAAUAAAAAAUACAGAUAGAGCAGUUGGAGCUAUGUUAAGUUAUCAUAUCAUUCAGAAAUAUGGAGAACAAGGGUUACCAAUAGAUACUAUAAAUGUAAAAUUUAGAGGCACAGGAGGAUUAUCAUUUGGUGUUUUUCUAACAAGUGGUGUAAAUUUUGAAUUAGAAGGAGAUGCAAACGAUUUUGUAGGAAAAGGAUUAUCAGGUGGUAUUAUAUCUGUACAUUUUCCUAAGAACUCAUUAUUUAUAAAUGAAUGUCAAAAAAAUAUGAUUGCAGGAAAUUCUGUUUUGUAUGGUGCUACUAAAGGAAGGGCAUUUUUCGCCGGAAGAGCAGGUGAACGAUUUGCUGUUCGAAAUUCUGGAGCUAUUGCUGUUGUUGAAGGAGUUGGAUGUCAUGGUUGUGAAUAUAUGACCAAAGGUAUUGUAGUAGUUUUAGGAGAAAUAGGAUGUAAUUUUGCAGCUGGUAUGAGUGGAGGAAUAGCAUAUGUAUUAGAUAUUAAUGAAAAGAAUGUAAAUCAUCAAAUGGUCGAUUUGAAAGUAUGUAAAACUAUGGAUGAAAAAAUGACAUUAGAAAAGUUAUUACAUGAACAUUAUGAACGAACCAAUUCAUGUACUGCUAAAAUAUUACUACAAAACUUUGAUGAUAAUUUACAACGAUUUACUAAAAUUAUCCCAAGAGAUAUUAAAAGAGUGUUAACUGAAGCUUGUAUAGAAUUUGUAAAAACAGGUAAUGAAGAAGCUGCUGCUAUAUUAGAUGACUGGGCUUCCCUACUAAAGAGUGUAGACCAACCAGAAAGCAUGUAUAAAAAAGCUAUGCAAUUUUUUACCACAAUUUCGGAUGAUAUAUCAGGAUUGCCAAAAACAUUGGCAUUAAGAAAUGUUGACGGGUUAAUUAUAUAUGAUAUAUUGCAAGAUAAUCACAGUAAAAAAUUGUUAACUAUAAAAAAUCCGUCCAGUGAUAUGAAUACAAUAUAUAGUGAACAACAUGGUAUAAAAAAAAAAAAAUAUUUCGAUUUUGAAAGAUUUACACAUAAUUUAGAAUUGUGUAGAAAAAAUAACAGAAAGUGGAGAAGAUAUGCUGAAAUUCCUUUUAAGUGUAGUGCUUUUGCUAAUUUUAAAAGUAUUUUCCCAAAAACUCUAGAUGAGAAAUCUAAAGAAAUGAUAAAGAAAUAUAUGCUUAAUGAAAAAUACCUCUUAGACUUGCAUUUAAAAUCGUUAAACUCUAAUAAAUUUAUUGAAUGCUUAAUAAGUAGAGAAGAAGGAGAUGAUUAUAUCAGUAUGAAUCAAAAACAAAUAAGUCCUAAUAUAUAUACUUUGAAAAAAUUACUUUGUGCAAAUGAUAAUAAUGAUAGCAAUGCGCCGGGUGAUCAGACUCAAAAAAUACCCAGUGUUGUUCCUCUUAAUAAUGAUGAGGAUUCUCUAUAUGCUGCUAGAAGUGUGGAAAGUAAUGUCGCUAGGAUGAGAGCCUACAGCAGGGGUAGCACUACUGUAUCUACCAAUGCUCCUUGGACAUCUAUGUCAAAUACAAAUAACGCUGCCUAUACUACUACCGAUUCCCCUGAAGGGAGAGACGCUCGUCUUGCUAUUGGCAAAGAAGUUGUUAUGCUUACCCCGAAUAAUAAUGAAAAUGAAACAAACGAUACAACAAAAGCAUCAACAGAUUAUGCAAAUGUUCCAAAUAUGAACUUAGCAAAGCCAUUUUUAGUUGCUAAUCCAAAUAAAGUGACUGGGUUUAAGGAAUAUGAAAGAUUAUCACACCCGUUAAAAGAUAUUAGUAGUAGAGUACUAGAUUAUUCAGAAAUAAUUGUGCCUAUAAAUGCAAAAAGUAAAUUACAUAAUCAGUUAUUAAAAACACAAGCAUCUAGAUGUGUGGAUUGUGGUACUCCAACUUGUCAUUAUCCUAAUUCAAGUGGUGGAGGAUGUCCAUUAGGUAAUAGAAUAUUUGAUUGGAAUAAUUUAAUUUAUGAAAAUGAAUGGAAAAAGGCUUUAGAACGUUUAUUAGAUACUAACAAUUUCCCAGAAAUAACAGGGAGAGUUUGUCCUGCCCCAUGUGAAGAUGCAUGUGUGUUAAGUAUAAAUGAUAAACCUGUCUCUAUAAAAUUUAUAGAACUUUCUAUUAUUGAAGCUGGUUUUUUAAAAAAGUGGAUCCAACCAAUUAUACCAUGUCAAAGGACAGGUAAAAGGGUAGCAAUAGUUGGAUCAGGUCCUGCAGGGUUAACAGCAGCACAACAAUUAAAUAAAGCAGGACAUGAAGUUACAAUUUUUGAAAAAGAUGAAUACUUUGGUGGAUUACUAAUGAACGGAAUUCCAAAUGUACGUUUAGAUAAAAAAAUUAUAGAAAGAAGAUUAAUACUAAUGAAAAAGGAAGGAAUUAUUAUGAAGAAUAAUAUAAAUGUAGGGGUUGAUAUAAAACUAUCUGACUUAAUGGAAACAUAUGAUGCUAUUUUGUUAGCUACUGGUUUUAAAAUACCUAGAACGUUGGAUAUUCCUGGUGCAAAUUUACAUAAUAUAUAUUUUUCUAUGGAUUUUUUAACAUCCUGUCAGAAAUCGUUAAUCAAAUCUGAUCUUAUGGAUGACAAUUAUAUUGAUGUCUCUGAAAAACAUGUAAUCAUAUUAGGUGGUGGUAAAACAGCUGUUGACUGUAUUAGUUUAGCUAUUCGUAUGGGUGCUGCUAGUGUUUUACAAUUUACUAGACAGGAUGUACCACCUAUAAGUACGACAGAUUAUUGCUGGCCAGGAUUAAAAAAUAUUUUCAAAGUCGAAUAUUCGCAUGAAGAAGCUAUUAUUAUACAAGGAAGAGACCCACGAGAAUUUUGCGUCAGAAGUUUAGAAUUUAUCCCGUCCAGUAAAGACCCCAAGAGGGUAUCUGGAGUUAGAGCAAUAAAGGUCAAGUUAAAAAAGUGCUCAAAAUUUGAGAACAGGAAAAACAGUGCAACGGCUACUAAUACUAAUACUUCCAAUAUCACCACUGCCAUUGCUACUACCGCUAAAAGUGAAGCAAAAAAACAGUCAAGUAAGUCAAAUAAAAUGAAAAGUUAUAAACAUCCAGAGAAGCCAAACGGACAGGGAACUACAACUGCUAGCUCUCACUCUUCAUCUUCUAUGGCUGACAAUGACAUUAUUCAAAAUUAUCAUUUACGAAAAGAUCACAAAGAAUAUUUUGAUAUUCCAUUUACUGAAAGAAUUUACAAAGCAGAUGUUGUAAUAUUAGCACUAGGUUUUUACAAAACAGAUGAUUCUAUUUGGGAAAAGGAUUCAAUUAAAAUUGAACUUGACAAUUAUAAUUGUAUAAAAACAAAAAAUAGAAUAUAUCAAACUAAUUAUAAAAAGAUAUUUGCAUGCGGAGAUUGUAGAAUAGGUCCUAGCACAGUUGUGCAGGCCAUAGCAGAAGGAAGAGAUGUCGCAUCGAAGAUCGAUGAAUUUAUAACCAAUUCAGAUUCCAUACUCCCUUCGUGUAACACCUAUUAUUAUUACCCUAAAAAUUAUAAAAAUGUUCCGUUUAGGUCUUCUCACUGGGGUUAA